UUCGAUGCCUGAUCUUUUGCGUUUUCUGUAUUCUUAUUUGUGGGACGUCAAAGCCUCUGCGCGGUAAGUUUUUGUCCUUAAAGUAUUUAUUUCUGUUAAAUGCUGUACAGUAUGAUGUCUGCGUGUUUAUGAUAUUGUCCUCUACUACCAAAUCACUUACACUCGUCUCCAUAUCGUUAUAAAUCAAUAAGGCGCCCAAGUAGUUUUUAAAACAGUGUUAAAGUUUGAAAACGUUUUCUCAUUAGUUUAAAUCUUUGGCCAUCUUUGUAACAAACGAUUAUUAUUAACGCAUCAAUGAGCACGAAAACUGCAUUAUGCAGCAAUAUUAAUUUCUGGAAAUAAUCUUUAAUUGUUAUAACUAAAAAAAUAAAAAAACUUUUCAGUACAUAAGUUCAAAUUUAGCAUUUAGAAUAAUGGAUAAAUUUGUUCUGGAAUUUUCGGUAAGUAAUAUAUGUUAUAAAAGCAAAGAAGACAUAAAUUAAAACAGUCCCGAGAAAAUGAAGAAAAUUAAAAUAAUCUUACUUCAUUUUUGUUUGCUGUUUUCCUGUAAACAUAUUUCAGCAAAUGCAAGGAAGACUAAGAAAGUUUUACUCAUUUCACUGGAUGGUUUUCGUUGGGAUUUACGUAACAAUAUAUCGACACCAAAUUUAGAUUGGGUUGUUAAACAUGGAAUUUCUGCUGAUUACGUUAAAAACGUUUUCCCGGCGUAUACUUUACCAAACCAUCAAAGUAUUGUCACUGGUCUCUAUCCCGAACAUCAUGGUAUGGUAGCAAAUGAUAUGUAUGAUUCUAAAACAAAAGGGACAUUCUCGCUUGAUGCAGCGAAUGACACAAAAUGGUGGCAAGAGUCUAUACCAAUAUGGAUUGAUAAUGAAUAUCAGGGCCAUGAAAGUGGCGUUUGUUUUUGGCCUGGUUAUAACGUGAUAAUUAACGGAACGAAAGCAAAGUAUACACCUAGUUCUAAAUACUCUGCACCCUACGCGAGUAACGCACGAAAUUUGAUGCCACUGCGUAAAAGGUUAAAUCUAGCUUUUGAUUGGCUAAGCAAAGACAAUGUCACUUUCGUGGCAUUGUAUAUUGAACAGCCAGAUGAAAUCUUUCAUGAAGAAGGUUUGCAUACGAGGAAGAAAAAGGUCCAUGAUGUUAUCACAAAACUCGAUGGAUUAGUCGGAGAGUUAAGAAAGAAGUUGAGAACGAAAAAUCUUCGCUCGCAAGUUAAUGUCAUAAUAACAGGGGAUCAUGGUCACUCGAAUUUAUCCUACAAGAAGCAAGUUCACCUGCAAAAAUACGUCAACCUUAAAAAAUACGCGACACAUAUAACAGGAACAACAACCGUCAUGAUUUACGUACGUCGAGGUUACAGAAAAUUCGUAUACAACAAGUUAAAAAAAGCUGAAGAUCAUUUCAAAGUUUAUUUAAAAGAAGACAUUCCUGAUAGAUACCAUACUAAAAACAAAAGAACAGCUGAUAUUGUGGUGGUUGGUGAACCUGGAUGGGGAAUUUUUAGUGAUGUGGGACCCAAAGAAGAUUACCGUCAAGCUAACAAACAAUGGCAAAUUAGUGACCACGGAUACAGCAGUUUUAGCAAAAACAUGAAUCCAGCUUUUUUCGGAUUUGGUUCCAUGUUUCGUUCGGGUUACAAAAAGAAAUUUAUACAUAUUGUGGACGUUUAUUCUCUAAUGUGUUAUGUUAUUGGUUUAAAGGCGAGAAAAAAUGACGGCAACUUUGAUCGGAUAAAGGAUUUUUUAGUUUAGCUGAUAUUUACAACAUUCAAAGUAACCAUAAACCGAUCUAAAUUUUGUUCUGAUAUAUUGCCAAUUUGGAUUCACUUUAAUCUCAAAUAUACCUGAAGAACCCGACAUCCAGGUUGUAUUUAUUCCAUAGUUUUAACUGGCCUUGGAAAAGGGACUUGGAAGGGGUGUUAGAAGAUUGAUUUACAAUUAGGUUACUUUUGUAAAACGUUUUUCUACUUUGGUUAUUUACUCAUAAAUCAACCUGUACAGAUGUGGCUAUAAAGAAAUGUAGACUGUAAAAUAGGGUUUAUCAUCGAUAUACAGUAUUCUCUCUAAUUAGCGGACACCGUUUGGUGCACGAAUAAAGUGUCCGCUAAUUAGAGGUACCGCCUUUUGGAAAGUUUUACAAUUUAAGCUUAAAAUUUGGGGGAAAUGCGAUUUUGUAUGCGAAAUGUGUAACUUAAAAAAAUAUCGGGUACCGUGCUGGACUUAAACACCAAAAAAAAAGAAAACAACUAAAUUGAACGUAAUAUAACUUUUUAAAAAAAAUAACAAACAAAUAUCAACAUCAUUAUAUUAACUAAUCAUGGUCAGCGGUUCAUACGUGGUGAUCUUCUCUUCAAAGUCAUCAUUUUCAAAAUCGUUAUCACUCUCAUCAGAUGAAACCUCUUCUACAUCAACUCCAGAUUCUUUACGGAGAUAUUCUAUCACACAGUUUUCUACUGAACUCACUCUCCAAUUUACUUCAUCGUUGUUGAUUGCAGACAUUGAACUACACGUUUCAACAUCAAAAUCAAUAUACUCUUUAGCAGUGAAAGAUUCGGA